AUGCUACGAUGUGCACAACUAUUGGGCUCGAAAUUUAUGUGUUCGGUACGGGUUCCUCUCGCAACCAGCGUCCGAUGGAUGAGAAACGUCGAUCGUGUGAAUGUUAAAGUCCACCAAGGUACGGUGAGUGGCGUGAAGGAACAGCUUCCGAACGGCAACAUUUUCUGUGCGUUUCGGGGUAUUCCGUACGCAAAGCCUCCGGUAGGUGAAUUGCGAUUCCGAGCGCCACAACCUCUGGAACGGUUCCCUUACCCGGUGUUGGACUGUAGCGUAGAGCGCGAUGUUUGCUUUAGCAGAAAUAUGUUCACCCAGGAGGUGGAAGGUUCGGAAGAUUGUCUACAUUUGAAUGUGUACACGCCGACCAUGGAUAAGCGUGACAAACCUUUACCGGUGAUGGUGUUCAUCCAUGGUGGUGCGUUUAUGAUCGGCAGUGGAAAUGGUGAUUGCUAUUCGCCCGAAUACUUGCUGCAAGAGGAUGUGAUAGUGGUGACUUUGAAUUAUCGUCUAGGAUCGCUUGGUUUUCUGCAUCUGCCAAGUCAAGGAAUCGAAGGAAACGCCGGCCUUAAGGAUCAGCUGAUGGUGUUACGCUGGGUGCAACAGAACAUUGCACACUUUAACGGUGAUCCCAACAAUGUGACACUGUUUGGUGAAAGUGCUGGUGCUGCAUCCGUCCAUCUCCAUAUGCUUUCACCUGUAUCGCAAAAGUACUUCCACAAGGCGAUCUGUCAGAGCGGCAUUUCGACUAUGGAGUGGGUUAUGCAGCUUGAUUCAGUAAAUCGUACGAGAACGCUAGCCAGACAUAUAAAUGCCGAUGCAAAAACGGAUGAGCAGGUGUACCAGACGCUGAUGAAUGCAGACAAAGCGGAACUGAUGGGUCUCAUGAUCCAUACGCUUUCUGCCGAUGAGAAACGGCGCGGUUUGCCCAUUCCAUUCAAACCAGUUGUGGAAGAAGGCCAGCAUGAUGAAAAUACGGUCGUGCCGGUACACCCGUUUGUUGCAAUGCAACAGCCCGGUCGCGUUUCUUCUAUUCCGAUCAUUUUCGGCAACACCGAUCGCGAAGGUACCAUUAUGAUGAUGGACGCAAUUAAAAAGCUUGACCUGUACGAUAACGAUAUGGCACGGCUUAUUCCACGUACGGUUAACGUCGCACCGGGAAGUGCCGCCUGUGAGGAACUGGCGAAGGAGGUGAAAGAAUUUUACUGCGGUGCGCAAGGCGUCACGAAGGAAACCGUUAACCAGCUGGCGGAUUUAAUGACGGAUUAUCACUUUGGCAUACUGGCGAAUACGUGCGCGGAACUGCAUGCACGCUUUCAGCAAAACUCGCCCAUGUUCUACUACCAGUUUAGUUAUGAUGGUGAACUGAACAUGUACAAAAAGCUGCUUCAACUAACCAUUCCCGGUGCUUGCCAUGCGGACGAGCUGUCGUACCUGUUCUUGAUGAGACUGGCCAAUUAUGACGUGAAGCCGGACACGGAAGCGGGACGUGUGCGUCAGCUGAUGUGUCGGCUGUGGACCAACUUUGCAAAGUAUGGACACCCGACACCGGCUGACGAUCAAAGCAUACCAUGCCGCUGGGAACCGGUUGACAAGGUUGCUCCGAAUUCGGCUAGUGCACCGUUUCAGCUAAAAUGUCUAGAUAUUGCUGCCGAACCGAAAAUGAUAAUGAACCCGGCCAAGGAACGUAUCGACUUCUGGAGAAGUGUCUAUAAGCGAUGGAAUGAAGAUUUUCUAAAAGUAAAGCUGUAG